UGCAAGUUGCUAUGCUGAUUACUUGUACGUGCAUAUGCGGCGUAUCGAACCGGUUGUCGCGUACGCGUCCCUACUUUAUGUGCCGCCCAUGCCACAUCCUGUUGUGCCGUUAGGCAACUCGACGUCACCAGCUUUGUCGUCAUCACAACAACAACAUCCACAACAUGUAGCACUACAACAACAACAACAACAACAUCAACAACUGCCACCUCAAUCUCUAGCACAACACCAGUCAAUAGCACCACCACCUAUGCCACAAUUACCAACAACCGCCUGUUCAGUCAAUCAAUUAGCACAAAGUCCGAUGGCUAAUCUCAUGUCUAUUACAGAGACAUUACCACCGGGUAGUCCACGGAAUGGACCCAGCCCACCGGGACCACCACCGCCGCGCACUGCAUCACGCGGUAGCCAACAUUCACCGAAUAGUUCGGCCGGUUCAUCGUCCGGACGGCGUUCUUCUGGAUCGCGUCACGUUUCGAGCACUACAGUCACCAGCUCAGAAGUGCAGUCAAGUCCAGCGAAUACACAACAAGUUGGUCCGGGUAGUGGCGGCAAUGUUGGUGGAGGCGGCGGCGGCAAUGGCAGCAGCACAGGUGGAGUUAGUGUGAGUAGCGGUGGUGGCGGCAAUGUUGGGGGAAAUAAUGGUCCACUACCACCUGGCGGCAAUGGCGCCGAUGCAAACAGCAACGGCGGCGGUCCGAGCGGAAAUAACAGCAAUGGUCAAGCACCGAGCGGCAUGAAUUCAGCAAACGCAGCAGCAGUUGGUGGAACCUCAGCGUCGAAUGCGGCAGCAGCUGCACAAAAUGCCACACUAAAGUGCACGUUGUGCCAGGAACGGCUGGAAGAUACACACUUUGUGCAGUGUCCGUCGGUUAAUCAUCAUAAAUUCUGUUUUCCUUGCAGUAGAGAGAGCAUCAAGCGGCAAAAUGGUCUCGGCAACGAGGUAUACUGUCCCAGUGGAGACCGCUGCCCAUUAGCAAAUUCGACAAUUCCGUGGGCCUUUAUGCAAGGCGAAAUUACCACCAUACUGGGUGAGGAGGUAAAGGUGAAGAAGGAGCGUGAAUCUUAAUGUCCAUUUUAUUGUAAAAAGCUGCGACGGGCUUUGGAGAAUUUUUAAACAAAAAAAUUAACUGGAAGAAAAAAGGUUUUUUGAGUCAAAACUAGUUGUAUUGAAAUUUUAUGAACAGUUGAAAACUCACAAAGUAAAGCUUGAGAAUGAAGCAAAAGUACAGAAAUAAGCAUAAGUAGAAGUUUAAUAGUUGCGCAGCAGUUUUUCGAGACGGUCAAAUAAAGGUCGAAAGAACAAUCCCAGUUAGAGCAGCCAUAAUUAUGGUCAGUAAAAUAAUACAUACGGAUUCAAAAGAGCCAGUAGAAUGAAUUUAACGAUAAGAAAUGCUUGGCUAAGAGUUUUUAGCAAAAUUUUUGGUGAAGAGAAAAAAAUAAGUCGAGUGGAUGUGUAAUUUAACAGUUUGAUGAAUGGAAACGCUUCAAACUGGCUUUAAAUUGGAAACUUUUAACUGGCUGCUUAGCAUUUUGGACGCAACCACAUCUGUGUGGUGAUGAAAAAGUUGUGAGGGAACUGUUUAUGCGGCGGGGCAAGGGUACAGUUCGAGCCACUUUGAGAGCCCUGCUUUUGUGCUGGCCCUGCAGCAGGCAGGAGCGUAGGUUUUGAACUUUCUUGGUAGUUGCUGUGAUGCAACAAUAUUAAAAAAUAUAUAAAAACGAUAUAAACAAAAAAAAAUAUUGCAAAUUUUCGUGUUAAACAAGGGCAAUCUAAACAAGCUAAAAAUUUGGCAAAAUUAACGAAAGCAGUUUAAGAAGAAACAGGUUGACAUUUUUGUGUGCUCACUAGAGCCGAAAUCCCAGUGCAACACCAGGACACUUAAAAAAAAAAAACUAAAAAAAAAAAUUUUAAUGAAGUUUGUGCUUAUUAGAGUUCUGUUUUAAUUUAUUAUUUCCGUAGUAAAAUUGAAAUUGUUAAGUUUUUCGAAAUUCACGAUUUAAAUUUUUCAGGCGCUCGAAUCAGUUCUUUUGCAAAACGAAAACGCUGCUAGGUUUUGAAAACAUCAUUCAAGUAUAUAGUUAAUUGGAGUAAUGUUUUAAAAAUGUCUUUAAAAGCUUUUUAAAUGAAAAGUUAAUCUAACUUACCCGAUUAAAAGGAUAAAUAAAAAAUUCUAUUUAAAAAAAAUAAGUUAAGUAUUAAGUGUAAAUAUGCCUAAUUUGUAAGAUAACAAAAACUUUUCCUUAAAAGUUGUAUUUGUAGUAACUACAAACCAAUGCAAUUAUAUUUGACUUUUUAUGUGUUUUAGUUGUAGCGUGCUUAUUACAAUGACAAAAAACACAUUUAUGAUUUAUGCUUACAAGAAAAAUAAUAAUUUAAAUAUUAGUUGUAAAUUAAUAUUAGCUUGAGUUAUAACUUAGUUUGAAACUAUACAAACAAAAAAUAUAAGAAAUAUUUUUAGCAAUUAUAUUUGCCAGCUAUUUCGGCAUUUAUGUUACGCAUUGUUGUAUUUGUAAUUUGUAUGUAGUCAUUUAAAUAUGUGUAGUUUGGCAUCAAAAAAACAAAAAUAAAUGAAAAAAAAAAUAAAACAAAAGAAAAUUACAAAAAAUUACUAACGUUUGGCGAGACCAACAAAAUAUUAGCAGUGAUUGUUGUCGGACGUUUACAACGUCAUAACAGAUUUGUCGUCGUGCAUGCAUUUCACCGCAUGUACGCAUACAAAAAAA